CGAGGAGACACCCGCGCCACCCGCCGGCUCCCGGCGCCGGCCGCUUCCUCAGGGCCGGUUCCGGGUCCGAGCGCGCCCCCGGGCUCGGGUCGCCAUGAGCCGCGGCCGCUCCUCUGGCUCCGGGAGCCUGGACUGCACCAGCCAUAUCGCGCUGGGUGCCGCUUCGCCCGCGCCCGAGGAAACUUACGAUCAUCUUUCGGAAGUCCCGGUCACGCGGGAGCAGUUAAACCACUAUCGGGAUGUGGCUCAAAAUGCUCGAAGUGAACUUGCAGCAACUUUGGUGAAAUUUGAAUGUGCUCAGUCUGAGCUUCGAGACCUCCGUUCCAAGAUGCUUUCUAAAGAAGUCUCCUGUCAAGAAUUGAAAGCUGAAAUGGAGAGCUACAAGGAAAACAAUGCCAGAAAAUCAUCUCUGCUUACCUCUUUGAGAGACAGAGUUCAGGAGCUAGAAGAAGAAUCAGCAGCACUUUCCACUUCUAAAAUCAGAACAGAAAUCACAGCUCACACUGCAAUCAAGGAGAACCAGGAAUUAAAGAAGAAAGUUGUAGAAUUAAAUGAAAAAUUACAAAAGUGUUCAAAAGAAAAUGAGGAGAAUAAGAAACAAGUUUCAAAGAAUUGCAGGGAACAUGAGGAAUUUCUGACUCAACUGCGUGACUGCUUGGAUCCAGAUGAGAGGAAUGACAAGGCAUCAGAUGAAGAUUUAAUUUUAAAGCUUAGAGAGCUGCGCAAAGAAAAUGAAUUCGUGAAAGGACAAAUUGUUAUUCUUGAAGAGACUAUAAAUGUCCAUGAGAUGGAAGCAAAAGCUAGCAGAGAAACGAUCAUGAGGCUGGCUUCAGAAGUCAACAGAGAGCAGAAAAAAGCUGCCUCCUGUACUGAAGAGAAAGAUAAGCUGAACCAGGACCUGCUCAGUGCUGUAGGAGCAAAAGAAGCUCUUGAAAGGGAAGUUAAGAUCUUCCAAGAAAGGCUGCUUGCUGGCCAGCAGGUCUGGGAUGCCUCAAAGCAGGAAGUGAGCCUCCUGAAGAAAAGCUCUUCUGAGUUGGAGAAGAGUUUGAAGGCCAGUCAGGAUGCAGUCACAGCCUCACAAAGCCAGUACUUCUCAUUUAGGGAGAAAAUCGCAGCCCUCCUUAGGGGCAGAUUGAGCAUGACUGGGUCCACUGAGGACACCAUUUUGGAGAAGAUUCGAGAAAUGGACAGCCGGGAAGAAAGCAGGGACCGGAUGGUCUCCCAGCUUGAAGCCCAAAUAUCUGAGCUUGUUGAACAGUUGGGAAAGGAGUCUGGGUUUCACCAGAAAGCUCUCCAGAGAGCCCAGAAAGCAGAGAAUAUGUUGGAGACUCUUCAGGGUCAGCUGACACACCUGGAGGCAGAGCUGGUUUCUGGAGGUGUUUUGCAAGACAACUUGAAUUUUGAGAAACAAAAAUAUCUUAAAUUUCUGGAUCAGCUUUCUCAGAAAAUGAAGUUGGACCAGAUGGCUGCCGAACUUGGCUUUGACAUGAGGCUGGACAUGUUUUUAGCUCGAACAGAGCAGCUGGUUCGUCUUGAGAGCAAUGCAGUCAUUGAGAACAAGACCAUUGCCCAGAAUUUGCAGAGAAAGCUAAAGACACAGAAAGAGAGACUGGAGAGCAAAGAAUUACACAUGAGCCUCCUCCGGCAGAAAAUAGCCCAGCUGGAGGAGGAGAAGCAGGCACGCACGGCCGUGGUGGUUGAGAGGGACAACGCACAUCUUACCAUCAGGAACUUGCAGAAGAAGGUGGAGAGGCUGCAGAAAGAGCUGAACACGUGUCGAGACUUGCACACCGAGCUCAAAGCCAAACUGGCUGACACCAAUGAACUGAAGAUUAAAACUUUGGAACAGACUAAAGCCAUUGAAGAUCUAAACAAAUCCAGAGACCAGCUGGAGAAGAUGAAGGAGAAAGCUGAGAAAAAGCUCAUGUCUGUCAAAUCAGAACUGGAUACCACAGAACAUGAGGCUAAGGAGAAUAAAGAAAGGGCCAGAAACAUGAUAGAAGUGGUAACCAGUGAAAUGAAGACACUAAAAAAAUCUCUGGAAGAAGCAGAAAAGAGAGAAAAGCAGCUGGCAGACUUCAGGGAGGUGGUGUCGCAGAUGCUAGGCUUGAAUGUGACCAGCCUUGCUCUUCCUGAUUAUGAAAUCAUCAAGUGUCUUGAAAGAUUGAUCCAUUCACAUCAGCAUCACUUUGUUACCUGUGCCUGCCUCAAAGAUGUGACUACUGGGCAAGAGAGGCACCCACAAGGCCAUUUACAGCUUCUUCACUGAACACUGUAUCUCUUGAGAGAGGUGGCCAUAAGACAUGGAACACAAUUCCCAAUUUCACAAGUUCCUCAUGUCUUUGAGAUUUGGUCAGUUUGUGAAUAUUUUAUGCUUUGAUGAUAUAGUGAGAAUGCAUCACUUGCAAAAACGAUCUCAAAAGUGUCAGCCUUAGAUAAACGUUCAGCAUUAAAAACGCCUAUUAUUUCAUUUACUAGCAUUUUAGGAUCCAGAAGAAUUCCACCAGAUUGCAUAAGUUAGAUUGGGAAAUGGGAGUGGGAGAUAACAUUGGGGGGUAUCUGUUUCAAGUCAGGGGCUUUACUAGCCACUUUAGUUCUCACAAUAACCAUGUGGAGAAGCUGUGACAUUUUUAAUUUACAACCUUUCUGGGGCUCAGACAUGGAGUUACCUAUCCAAGUUUGCAGUUGGGUAGUGGUGGGACCAGGACGGACAACUCAUUGGCCCUGCCUCAAAGGCCAUGCCUCUUCUCCUGCUACGCAGAAUCUGUUUCUCCUGAAUCUCUGUGAUGCUGGUGGGAAUUGUUUGCAUAGAGGAAGGACAAUACCCCUGCCAUCAAGAGUUAAUGUCUGGGCUGGUCAUAGUGGUUCAUGCCUGUAAUCCCAGCACUUUGGGAGGCCAAGGCGGGCAUAUCAUUUGAGGUCAGGAGUUUGAGACCAGCCUGGCUAACAUGGUGAGACCCUGUUUCUACUAAAAAUACAAAAAUAAGCCAGGUGUGGUGGUGCAUGCCUGUAAUCUCAACUACUCAGCUGGAGAAGCGCUUGAACCCAGGAGACGGAGGCUGCAGUGAGCCAAGAUUGUGCCACUGCACUCCAGCCUGGGCGACAGAGUGAAACUACGUCUCAGAAAAAAAAAAAAAAAAAAAAGGGUUAAUGUCCAAAAAUGACAGAUUUACAAGUGUAAGCUUAUGAUGUCUUCAAAAAGCAAAAACAAUAUACCUAAUUCAUUUGGAUCAAACUUACAUAGGUCUCAGGUCCUGUAAGAAACUUGCCUGUUCUACAUGCUGCUACCAGAUUGCAUCUGGUGGUAAUUGCUAAUGUUUCAGCAGGGCUGGUCUCAGUCGUUUAAAAUGGAAAGCUUUAUUUGGAGCCCAACCCUAUAAGAUGAAGAAAUCCUAUACAGUCUUAUUCACGAAUAUAUCCAAUACAUGCACAGCAGUGGUAUCUUUUUAAGAUCAGAAUUUUAUUAUGAAUUCCUGUCACUUUCUGUUUUCCAUUUAAAUUUCUAUUUUACAAAUUUUUCAGGGUAUCAUAUUCUUAACUUCACUGAGAAAAAUGUAUUACUCUUUUGGACAAUUUAUCUUAUUUCUAUCAUAUAAGAUGUAUUUUUUUAUUGUCCUUAAAAGAAGCUCUAGCAUGAAAUUAAAGGAAAGGGAAAGAAAUAGAUCUGGUGCACCCGAACAUUAGGAGAAAAUGAAAAAUAUACAACCAACCGUUCGUGAGUCAUCAAAAAGUCAAAGUCAGCCUGGCCAACAUGGCAAAACCCCGUCUCUACAAAAAAAUACAAAAAUAAGCCCAGUAUGUUGGCAUGUGCCUGUAAUCCCAGCUACUCGAGAGGCUGAGACAUGAGAAUUGCUUGAACCCGGGAGGCGGAGAUUGCAAUGAGCUGAGAUCGCGCUACUGCACUCCGGCCUGGGCAACAGAGAGAGACCUUGUCUCAGAAAACAACAACAACAAAAAGUCAAAGUCAUAAUAAGCAAAUUAUUGGCUUCUUUCUUCUAGACUAAAAGAAAUUAAAGAGAUGAAACAAAUGCAAGGGUCGAAACUAGAUUGGAUCUUGGUUUGAAUGAAAAAAAGCAUAAAAUAUUCUUGCAAUAAUUGUAAAAAUUUGAAUGUGGACUAAGUCCUAGAUUAUAUUAAAAUAUUUUUAAUUUUUUAAGCUUGACAAAUGCACUGAUUGUUAUACUUUAAAUAACUAAAAAAUCUGAGAAUCCACAGUGCUACAGACAAUAAGUGAUAAAAUGGGAAAAAAUAGUGAAGAUCUUCUUUUGGGAAAACUACCAAUAAAUGUAGAAUGGAUGAUUCCAAAAAAAAAAAAAAAAAAAAAGAAAGAAAGAAAGAAAAGGAAAAACCUAAAGGAAAGCAAAUGAAUUUGACACCCAUUGGUUGGAUGACAGACCACACAGAGGGAGAGUGACCAGGCUUUGCUUGUGGAGCGGGCAUCCCUGCCUGGCUUUCUCCUUCAUUUGCAAGGACAGUAUAAGUAGCAUUUUGCAUGUGAGUAAACACACUUGCACAGCCGUGGCUGAGGUCACUAGGCUGGCCAGAGGCAGGACAGGCAGUCUUGAAUUUCCUCCAGGGGAGGCCUGCAGUUUUCCCCACCAACCCCUUUUCACAUGCUCCAAAGAGGUAGUAGUGUCUGCUGUUUUGGAUCCAAAAUCACCUUGAGUGGAGGAAGUGACUUCACUGGGUCUCUGGAGGCUCUCGGAGCUUGAGUGGCUCUGCCCCACCCUGAAUCAUGCACCCGUAAAUGCAGUUAUGGGUGGAUGUGGGUGUAUGAGAGUGGAGAUUAUUUUUGUACAUUCUCUUUGUUUUCAUUUUCCAAAUAUAAUCUUUAAUAAACUUGAUUUAGUUUCUUGGGAAAUUUAUUUUCUACACUAUUCAAAGAUACUUUAAAUAAUAUUUUAAAAACAUGAAAUAUAUUUUUUUCAUUUUUGAUUUAGUAUCAUUAAUUUUAU